AUGGGUGCGGGGGAGGUGAGGAACACGAUGCUCACCUCGGUUGGCGGCGGAGAGUGGGGGCGGCGACGGCGGAACGAGCCGAGCCCGCACAAGCUAGGGCACGGUCCAGCGGCUCCUCCCAGCGACGGCGAUGGCCGGGACAGGUCGGGGACGACAGCGGCGGGUCCCCAGAUGCCGGAGGAGGAGAAGGGAGGCGGCGGGCGGCAGCAGCGGCAGCCCACGGCUCGAGCGCUGCCGCUCGAGCUAGGCUCGGUUGCAGACCUGGGCGGCGGCGCCCAGGGUUCAGGGCGGCGGCGGCGGCCCGAAGGGCGGCGGCGACCGGCCGGGAAGGUCGGUGGGACACAGGAGACGGCCGCGGGAGCGACCCCAGGUGGCUGCGGCGCGGAGGAGAGGGCGCACAGAGACCUCAGCCCGAGCUCGGGCUGGGGCGGCUGCUGCUGGCCGAGGCGGCGGUGGCGGCCCGCAGGGGCGCCGGCGACCUGCGGGGAGGGCCACCGAGACUCCGGGGACGGCGGCGGGAGCGGGUUCAUGCGGUGGCUGCGCGCGGGGAGGCCGCGGGUUAGACUCGGCCUGGGCUCGGGCUGGGAAGCUGCAGGAUACAGCAGCGGCUGGAGCGGCAGCGGCGGCGCUCCGGGCGGCUCGGGGCGGCGGCGAUCGGCGGAGAGGGACGCUGAGGGGUCGGGGCGACAUCGACAAGGUGCUUUGAGACAAUAUAACCUCGGCCCGAGCUCCAACCCGGAAGAAAAAGGAGAUGGAGAGAGAUGGGGAGGGAGGAAUGUGGUGCUGCGGCGGCGGCGGCCGGCCGGACUUGGUCGGUAG